CUCUCCUCCAUACCGAGGUGUAUUGUAAUUGCCCUAUACUAACAGGGUUAACCCUGGGGGGAUCACCCAUUUUGCUGGAUGGGCACGGAUGGCUCUACCGAUCACCACCUUCUCCAUUGUAGAGGUGGGCAAGCCAAAUGUAGGUGAGAAUCGUCCGUCUCGAGUGAAGGCUGACAUCUCUAUAGAACUGACAGUCAAUGACACGGUCAAGAGAGAGUGGGAAGGUCUUCGUAAGCACGACGUGUGUUUUGUGCUGACGGUGCGGGCCAAGAUGGGUCUCCAGCAGAGGUUUGACUGGAGCAAGUCAUUUGUGUCUCAGUCCGGAGUGGAGUAUGUGAGGGGCUGCGAGGUGGAGGGAAUGCUGGACGAUAAUGGCAGAGUCAUCGAGGAAGGUCCUGACCCGAAGCCAGUGUUGUCUGGGAACAGUAGGACGUUCCGUGUGUGGAUGGACACCAAUCAGUACCAGAGAGACAUGGCCAGAGUUGUGAAGGGAGAAGAGGAUGUAUAUGAGACGUUUAAUGUACUAGUGAAGAGAAAACCAAAGGAAAACAAUUUCAAGGCGGUACUGGAGACCAUUAGAGCACUGAUGAAUGCAGAGUGUGUGGUCCCGGACUGGCUCCAUGACACCUUCCUUGGCUAUGGGGACCCUUCAGCCGCAAGCUAUACCAGGUAUAUACUGCAUAUGUGCUGGACGAGAAGGUUUUGAUGGUCCAUGUUUAACCCAAAGUACAGUAGUGCAUCUUGUUUUGUGGAAGGUAAGUUUUCAUGGGGGACUGUCAACAUUGCAAAUGGUAGCUAUCAUCAUGUUAAAAGGAGUUGGGGAAAGGGACAUACGUACAACACAAAAGUCAUUUCAUGUGUGAUGCGUAUUCCUGCCAACAUUCAUGUUGAAAAAAGUUGUAUCAGGAAAGAUGGAAAUACUGACUGUUGCUAUAGCACUAGCAGUGAUACUAUCAGCUGUUGGAAUUGCUGAAAGGGAC